CGACCUCCUCUGUAAUGGGCGACGGCUUCACGGGUGGAGGGGGACGACGGCGCAGGGAAGAGGCGCGCAGCCUCUCUGCAGCAGCGGAGGCAGCGGCCGCCUUCUCGGCCGCGACGGAGGCGGCCCUCUCGGCGGCGGCGGUCGACCUAGCCGCGAGGGCCGCGGCCUCGGUGGCCUUGCUGACCGCGGCGGCGGCGGCGGCCGCGGUGGCAGCGGCGCUGGCGUCCAGGGCCGCGGCAGCUGCGGCGCGGGCGUCGUCAAUCUAUCGGCGCGGCGCGGUGCAGCGGGGGGCGGUGUCGGCGGCGGCGUCCAUCUCUCGGCUCGGAACCCUAGCGCGAACGGAGAUUGGGGGAGAGGAGGAACGACGACGGACGGGGCUCCGUGAUAUAGCGACGGUGAUGGCCACGACUACCUCAAGGCGUCUUGCUGAUAGGAAAAUAGCACGAUUUGAGAAGAACAUCACAAAGAGGGGUGCUGUUCCUGAGACAGUCAAGAAAGGAAAUGAUUAUCCUUUUGGGCCUAUUUUGCUUGGGUUUUUUGUCUUCGUUGUUGUCGGGUCAUCUCUCUUCCAGAUCAUCAGGACAGCAACAAAUGCUGCUAUAUUCUGAGGAGAAUAGUCACCAACUUAUAGCUAGUUAAGCUCAAGAACUGGGCUGAUAUAUGCAGUUUGUCACUUAGAAAAACAUAAGUGUAUGGCAUACUGGUACUGUAUGAUGUUGCCUUUUACUAUUGUACCGUGAAGAAUCUAAUCUAUACAGAGUCAAUAUCUCAUGUAGUUAUAUGUAGUUGUUACUACCAACUUUCGUCACUCGGAUGAUUGGAAAGAUGGUUCCCUAAUCCAUCUUGCUUAAGGCUAUAAAGAUCGUCUUAAUCUGAACA